AUGAAGGCCGACUGCACAGAACGGGUGCAACCGGGUACAACGGGACACCGUAUCCUGGAUACGGUGUACCGCAAGGUCUCCGCACCUCCCCCUCCGCCACCCGUAGGAACCGACCGUCGCGAACCUCCUCUUCCUCUCCCGGAUACCUUCCGGACAAACCAUCAGACAAUCACUCUUACAGCCGACCAACGUGCCGCGUUUGCACUCGCAAUGGCAGCUCAUCCCAUUUCCAGUAUCAACGCCGCCUUUGGCACCGGGAAAACACUUUUGGCUGCUAUCAUUGCUGCUCAUUAUGAUUUCCUCGAGGUGCGCCUUCUGAGAUACAUUUCAGAGACGGCGUUCCUCGAUGACGCCCCGGCUACCCCCGCGGACAUCCAUGAGAUACUCAAAUCCCUGGGUAGCCAAUUCGAUUCGGCAUUAGCUUCAUCAGAACGCAUGCUGUGCUCGCGUUUCAGCAGAGGCCGCACCCUGUAUGAGCAAUACGCUAGGAAUCCCGAGCGGUCGAUGCACAUGUCUGAAAAAGAGAUCGAGGAGUACAUCCUCGCAGAAAGGAAGUCUCAGAAUAUUUUGGAACUGACAACAAGGAAACCAGUAAUGGAAAUGGAACGGGCUGCUCAGAGAGUGGAGUCUAUAGCCGAGAUGAGCGAGACACCGUCGCCUUCCGUGCACGAAGAUAGCAGAAUUAAGGAGAAAAUGAGGCCCGAUCCACAAUAG